ACUGGCUUGGGAGAGCACCCUCUAGGCCAGCUAUAAAAGUCUGAUCCACCAGUAGGUAUAUACAGCAGGAUUCCUGCAGCAAAGAGCAAAAUUGAGCGACAGAUAUAUUCAUAAGGCCAUAGGUGGGGUCUGGAAAUGAGACUACCCCCUCACCUGUUAUGUCUGGCUUGGGGCCCACCUUGUGGGGCCUUUAUAAAGGCUAGUAGUGCAGCUCAACAGCAGCAGUGUAGAGAGUUGCUGAUAAAAUGGACGACAGAGUCAGAGAACACAGAGCUGACAGAGAAAUGCAAAAAAGCUAUUGAGCUAACCCUAGAAGCUGCUAUAGCCAUACUGAAAAAGAGGCGUCCAAAGCGCAAGAAGGUAUGCAGAUUCUAUUGGCGGGGCCAAAUUUGCCGCUAUGGUGACGAGUGUCGAUUCGUACACGAGAGGCCGAGAGAGAGGCCGAGAGAGAGGUCGAGGGAGAGGUCGAGGGAGCCAACCCCACAUCGCGACCCUUCACAUCAAGAAGAAGACCCUGAUAAUGUUCUAGCUAUAUGAGCCCCGAGCAAUGAACUGAAAUGGAUUUUUCUAGUACAUGAGAUCACUUACAAACUCAUUUUGUAUAUACUUAUU